CACACCCCUUCGCGCGGAGAACGGAGAAACGAGGAACGCACAGUCGAUGAGGCCUCUGCGCGCCGUUGCUCUGCUCCUCGUCGCGGCGGCGGCCGCGGCCGCGGCGCCGCCGUGGGUGGGGAGCGGCCAGGACUACAGCUCGGUCAGCAAAGACGACUUCCCCAGGGACUUCAGCUUCGGGGCUAGCACAUCUGCUUAUCAGUGGGAAGGCGCGGCGGCGGAGGACGGCCGGACUCCCAGCGUCUGGGAUACCUUCGCUCAUGCCCGCGCCGGUGAUGGCUCUGUAAACGGUGAUGUGGCAGCUGACGGCUACCACAAGUACAAGGAGGAUAUCAAAUUAAUGAAGGAGACCGGGCUGGAUGCUUAUAGAUUCUCUAUCUCUUGGUCAAGGCUUAUUCCUAAUGGAAGAAGAGAAAUCAAUCCAAAAGGAGUAGAAUACUAUAAUAAUCUCAUCAAUGAACUUCUUGAUCAUGGAAUUCAACCACAUGCAACGAUUUUCCAAUAUGAUCUUCCUCAGAUCCUUGAAGAUGAAUAUGGUGGAUGGUUGAGCCCCCAAAUAAUUGGUGAUUUCACAGCAUAUGCAGAUGUGUGCUUUAGGGAAUUUGGGGAUAGGGUUACCAAUUGGACUACUCUAAAUGAACCUAACGCUUUAGUUUCGCUUGGCUAUGAUGCUGGUAUUGGGCCACCAGGGAGAUGUUCUAAACCAUUUGGGUUUGCUAACUGUUCCUUUGGGGGCUCUGUAAACGAGCCAUACAUUGUAGCUCAUAAUUGCUUAUUGGCUCAUAGUUCAGCUGUGUCACUAUACAGAAGAAAGUAUCAGGCAAAGCAACACGGACUUAUUGGCAUGAAUAUGGUUAUAAAUAACGUAAUACCUUAUACAAAUUCAACGGAAGAUAUUGCUGCAGCGGAAAGAGCACAAGCCUUCUACACAGGCUGGUUUUUGAAUCCUCUCUAUUAUGGAGACUACCCACUUGUGAUGAAGGAGAAUACCGGCUCCAAGUUGCCAAAAUUUUCUCGAAGCCAGUCUAAACAGCUAAUCAACUCUAUGGACUUUCUUGGUAUCAAUUACUACACAUUUUUGUAUGUGAAGGAUGACCCGCAUCAUGCUCCUAGCAACAAAAGGGAUUUCAGGGCUGAUAUGGCUGCUAAAUCAAUAUUUUCAAGCAAUUCUACCACCGGGUUCAAUGUGCCAGGUUAUGGUAUACAACAAGUGCUUGAACAUUUGAAGCAAUCUUAUGGUAAUCCUCCAAUCUAUAUCCAUGAGAAUGGGUAUCCAAUGCAUCAAGAUGUGGUAUUUGAUGAUGGCCCUAGGGUGGAAUUCUUGAGUGAACAUCUUAAAAACCUGCUUAUUGCUCUCAGGAAUGGUUCGAAUACUAGGGGCUACUUUGCGUGGUCGCUGAUGGAUUUAUAUGAACUACUUAGUGUCGGGGACACGUAUGGGCUCUAUUACGUGGAUUUUGCUGAUGAGGAUCUCAAGAGGUACCCAAGGAGAUCUGCUAUUUGGUACAAGGAUUUUCUCAAGGGGAGGCGCACCAAGAGAUUCUCCGAUCACUAGCUCUAGUUGUUCUCUGUAACAUGCAUGGUCCUUUAGGCCACCCAAUCCCCUCAAAACCCAAGCGUGCUACAACAGAUGGACAUACACUUCUGUGCAACAACAGUAAAAACACUUGCCUAAACAACAGAUGGGCAUACACUUCUGGUGCAACAACAGGAAAACGAAACUGUGAAUGUAAACAAGGCUCGAUUGAAACGGUGAUCCUUUUUCCCUCCAAUUUUUUGUGGACAACUGAGUUGUUGCUUGUGGAUUUCCUCAGCAUGAACUAUGGCACGGUUGUGUCACCACAGUAGCAACAGUGGUAUGCAUUUUUACUAA